AUGCCGCUGACGUCGGGUGAGAAUGAGGAACGCGGAAAGUCACCUGGAGAGGACAGGUUCGGAAACGGGAGCAGCAAGCAGGAGGCCCAGGGGUCGAGCGGCAGCCCUCGGCCACGGGCCGGAGAGGAGGGGGUCCAGGAGGGCUGGCGGAAAUGCCAGCCGCCCGACAGUGUGAAGGGUCUCCUGGUGGCCCUGUUCGGGGGCGGAGUGCCGGCCGGUUUCGUGGCCCCCUUCACCAGGAUCGCCUACGAAGCAUCUCAAAUCCCUUCGCUGGAGAUCCUGCUCUUCCGGUGCCUGCUCCACUUGGCCCUGGGCUUCUACAUCCGCUUCCGGGGGGCUUCCCUCUUCGGUCCCCGGGAGGCGUGGAGGUCCAUUUUCGUCCACGCCGUCAUCAACGUGGUGUCCAUCGCCUGCGCCUACAGCUCUUUCAUGGUCAUCCCGGCCGGGAACGCCUCCACCGUCCGCAAGGGGACCUCCACCCUCUGCUCAGCCUUCAUGGCCCUGGUUAUCGACAGUUACCGCCUGAGCGCCUACGACUGGAUCGGCCUGCUGGGCAGCGUGGUGGGGCUGGGCCUGAUCGUGGUGCCGGACUUGGUCAGCCUGCGCAGCGGCUCCCGGCUGCCGGACAUUUUCGGCUACAUCCUGGCCAUGCUGGGUGGCCUGGCCCUCGCCGUGGCCCUGGUAAUCUUCCGCACGCUCAGCCACCCGUCCAAGUUGCUGACGGCCGCCUUCACCUUCGGGGCGGUGGGCAGCCUGCUCUGUGCCCCCCUCAUGUCCCUCCUGCAGAGCCCCGUGGUGCCGCUGGACCCGCUCACCUGGUGCUGCGUCACCGGCAUCACCACCCUGGCCCUGGUCUCCUUCUUCUGCGCCAACUACGCCGUCACCAAGACCCACCCGGCCCUGGUCUGCGCCUUCCUGCACUCCGAGGUGGUGGUCACCAUGAUGAUCCAGUACUUUGUGCUGCACGAGCCGGUCACCCCGUUCGGCCUCAGCGGGGCUGGGGUCAUCGUGGGCAGCAUCGUGGUCAUCACCGGCCAGAGCAUCGCCUGCAGGCGCCAGGAGGCGGGCGGAGAGAGAUAA